GUAAGCAGACAGCGACGAUAAAAAGAAGAGUUGUCAAAAAUGGAAUAAGCCGGAGUUUCUAGCACACGUGUGUUGAUCGCUACGGGCCAUUUACACCAGUGUUUAUCGUUUAAUACCCGUGCAAUUAAUGAAACGCAUAAGAAUUGGGAUAUUUGCAUGCAGCGUUAAUUUGACCAUCUGCAGAUUAAGUUGAUCAGUUCGGCCACGUUGACAGAUAAAGAGCUCUUCGCCGGACAACAGCUCCUUAAUCCCUUUAAUUCCCAGAAGAGGAGCUACCCGACCGACAGGAGCUAUGAGGGUGCUACGAUACAGAAGAGGAGCAAUUAUCAAGCUUGGAAUCGUCACACUGAUCGCUCUCAUCAUUGUUCCAAUUUUCUUCCUAAAACUUGAUGGAAGCAAAGAUUCUAAAUCAAAGAAAGAUAAGCUUGCCAAGGAUUCGAACCCUAUUCACAAAGUAGCGAAAUCUCCAGAUGCUGCUGAGGAAGCCCCGAAAAAUGUUGUUGACAACCCGGUAGAAUCUAACAAAGCACAAGAGGAAGUGGUGCAGGUGGAAGUGGCCCACCAGUUUGGCCCUCCGCAGCGCCUCACUCCGGGGCAGUUAGGAAACUUUGAACCAAGAGACUACCCCUCCAGGAAUGGACCAGGUGAGAAUGGUCAGGCUGUGUACACUACAAUGGAGGAGAGGACUCGGGCAGACUCCUCCACCAGAGAGUUUGGAUUUAACAUGGUCAACAGUGAUAAGAUAGCCAUGGACCGAACCAUACCGGACACCAGACUUGAUGAAUGUAAGUACUGGCAAUAUCCCGAGGACCUGCCCACAGCCAGUGUGAUUCUAGUGUUCCACAAUGAAGGCUGGUCCACACUCAUGAGGACAGUUCACAGUGUCAUCAAUAUGUCUCCCCCUCACCUACUGAAGGAAGUCGUCAUGGUGGACGACUACAGCUCCAAGGAUCAUCUGAAAGGGAGGCUGGAGGAGUACAUAAAACAGUUUAAUGGUAAAGUGAAACUGUACAGGAACCCGGAGCGCCUCGGACUGAUCGGCACCAGAACCCGAGGAGCCGAAUUGUCCACGGGCGACGUCAUUGUCUUCUUGGACGCCCAUUGUGAAUGUAACAGAAAUUGGUUACCUCCCCUUUUAGCACGGAUCCGGUAUGACAGGACCAUUAUGGCUGUGCCCAUUGUUGAUGGCGUGGACUGGGACAACUUCCGCUACCACCCGGUGUACGGAGAGGCACACCACCGUGGAAUAUUUGAGUGGGGCUUCCUCUACAAGGAGAGUGCAGUACCAAAGAAGGAGCUGAGUCGCCGACAACAUAACAGUGAACCAUACAGGUCGCCAACUCAUGCUGGAGGACUGUUUGCAAUGGACAGAAAAUACUUCUUUGAAAUGGGUGCUUAUGAUGAAGGACUAAAAAUAUGGGGAGGAGAAAACUUUGAGCUGUCAUUUAAACUGUGGCAGUGUGGAGGAAGCAUUGAGUGGGUACCCUGUUCCCGCGUCGGCCAUGUCUACAGAAACCACAUGCCAUACGGCUUUGGAAAGCUGGAUGUUAAAAUUCCCGUCAUAUCACUGAACUACAUGCGUGUGGUGGAGGUUUGGCUUGACGAUGAACACAAGGAGUUUUUCUACACACGGGAGCCCAGUGUCCGAGGCUAUCCUGUGGGGGACCUCACUAAACAACUCAAGUUUAAAAAGGAUCACAAUUGUAAAAGCUUUAAGUGGUUCAUGGAGGAAGUAGCUUUUGAAGUGUACGACAGAUUCCCCAAACUGCCUCCCAACAAAGCUUGGGGAGAAGUGAAGGAGAAGAGCGGAAUGCGUUGCCUGGAUACGAUGGGACAACAAGUCGGCGGAGGGGCAAUGGGUAUCAGUGGAUGUCAUCACUUCGGUGGUAACCAGCAAAUGUUCCGUAUCAACACCAAGGGCCAGAUGGGGGUUGGCGAGCGGUGCAUUGAGGCCCCCAACGGGAGCACACUACACAUGCAUUUCUGUGAGACACAGCCCACAGGGCCAUGGCAGCUAGAUCUGACAACAGGUGUGAUCCGACAUGAACACCACGAGAAAUGUCUGGAGGCGGGAAGUGGGAACAAGGUUACAUUGGAGCCGUGUGACCCGUCUAAUGAAAAACAGAAGUGGGUCGUCAACGAGGUCCGACAGUGGAAGUGAUCGUUGUAAUCUAACAGAUCUUUUAAACAUACAGAAGUUUUAAGUAAUCAUCAUGUCAUUUAUUUUUUUUGUUCAAAACAAUUAUAAUCUCUACUAGAUGUAUAAUACCCAUAGCAGUGAAGGGAUCUGAACAUGAUGUGAUCAGUAUUUGCUUAAUGUUAAAGUUAUUCUUAGAAGAAGGAAUUACAUGUAAGAGGAGCGCUCUAGUAAAAUUUCUGUAAAUUUAAAAUUAUGAUAUUCCAAUGAUGUACAAUGCAAUGUUAUUUAUAUGUGAUAUAGAUGUAGAAUUUACAUAGAUAAUGUCUCAAAUUAACUUACUAUUCUAGAGAGAUUUUCCUCAGAAACUUACAAACCUACACCUUAAGCACCUGUGUUAUGGAGAAUCUUGAUUUUCUUGACAUGCAGAUCUAUGUAAAUUAUGCUAUCCGGCAAUAUAUUACCAGGGUUUUAAAAUUUAGUCUUUACAAUUUUUGUCUUUACAAAGAUCAUCCAUGAAGUAUGUUAUCACGGGGUAGAUCAUCCAUGAAGUAUGUUAUCACGGGGUAGAUCAUCCAUGAAGUAUGUUAUCAUGGUUUGAUUUGCACAUUUGCCAACUUUUUAGAAUUUCCAUGGAGGAGAUAACCAAUGCUCAGAAUUUGAUGCAAAGUUAAAAUGUGUGUUUAUGAACACCCUAGGAUUUUUUUAUUUUUUUUCCAAUGGCAUUGAUCAGACAUUACAAGAUAGGAAUAGUUUAGCAAAUUCACUGGUUGAAAAUACUCAAGUUUAGGGUCCAAAAUCGGGAGUCUCCCACCUAAAUAGUUGGCAAGUAUGGAUUUGAUGAGUGACAAUGCCUAUAGUUAUGUACUGUGUGUGUGAUCAGUGAGAUAUAAAGGGUACAACGUGUCAACUUGUACAAAUUUUAAUUUGAAAAUUCAUUAAUCUUGCAGAAGUUAAAAUCAAAUUUUUAGUUUCAGUUCAGGCAUUACCACAAAAUUUUGCAUUGUAUAAUGUAUUUUUAACAGGGAAUUAGCGAAGCACAGUUGUAGAAUUUAUUGUGCAGUUUCUCCGUCUUCUGUUGCACAAAAAGACCUCUUUGAAGCUUGUCAGGUCUAGACAACACAUACCCACAUCAUGCCUAUUCUAACAGGGUAUAUGUUGGUCCGGAACAGGGAAAUGCAUUAUACAUUAUAUAAUUAUUAUAACGUUUUUCUUAACUGGUUAGCAUAAAUAUUCUUUCAAAGCUGCAAAGCCUCAAAUAUAUAAUUUUAUUUGGUUUUAUAAAAUAUACAUGUAUAAACCCUUUGUAAUAAAGAAUUUAUGCAAGUAUUUCAUUUGGGUGAGAUAUACAUAACACUUGCUAUUAAUUCAUGUGAGUUUUAACAGCAAGGAAAAUAUUUUAUUCAAUUUAAGGCAAACCUGCUAUACUAUUCAAUUCAUUUGUAAUGUCAUGUAAUAAAUACAUUUUGACAGUUGAAUAUUUAAUAAAUUUUAAUAUACCAGGUAGAGUGUACAUGACAAUGAUGAUGAUGAUGACAAUGUUGAUGAUGAUGAUGAUGAUGACAUAGACAAUUUUAUGUCAGUAAUAUUUCACAAUUUGUUUUUUACCUUAAAUGAAAAAUUGCUUAAUUUUAAUAUUGUAUCAACAACAUAAAUUAAUUAGAAAUUGUCGUUUUGAUUCACAAUAUUUGUCUAAAUUAAAAACAAAAAUCUCUACUUAUUGUAAUCUAGGUAUUACAUAUGAAAUUUGUUUAAUUCCUUAAUUGAAAAAGUUGUGGCAGCUAAAAUAGUAUCGGGUAGCGUAAUAAGGCAUUUCAGUUCAGUUAUUCAACACAGUAAGGUACUUAGGCUCAAUAAGGCAUUUCAUCAAAACAAGCUGGCACAAUGAGGCAUUUUAUCACCAUAAGUUGGCACACUAACUCACUUCACCAAUGGAAUAUAUGUGACAACAAGUACAAAGAUUAAGCAUAUCAAGUGAAAAGAUUUUAUUUUUGGUGUUUUUAACGCAUAUUGAUGAUAUAACGAGAUGUUAUUAUGAUAUUGUAAACAUGUUCUUAAUUUUCUUAUCAUACUAGUAUGUAUAUUUGUCGGAGCAAUAAUUAGGUGAAAUGAUUUCUUUAUAUUUUUUUGCAGUGGUUUUUUGGUUGAAACGAAGUGUAAAGUUGCAUUUAUUCAUAUAUAAAAAAAGGUUUUUGUGUACAUCGGUUAGUUACAAAAUUGUCAAAAAAAAAUAUCAAAUUCUUUUCAUAAAUUAACAGUUAAACUGAGUUUCAUAGGUUCAGUGUGUACCACAUCUAUUACAUCAGUUACCGCAUUAACAUAACAGCCAACAAGUUAUAUCUUGGAAUCCCAAAUAAACUUAAUCAUCCCUGAAGACACAUUUGAACUCUUCCAAUUCAAAGAUUGGAAAAGUUCAUUAUGAAAUUUCAGGGGUGAAUGAGUCAACUAGACUUACCUGUGUGUUUGUCGUAGCUGUAUUGUCUGUAUUAUGUAUUGAAACAUUCCAUUUCACAAUGCUGCUGCUCAUGACAUGAAACUCACAUUUAGUUCACAAAUAAAUUUUACCUUGAAAUCAUUUGUACCAAGUAGGUAAGGUAUUAUAGCUUAAGUAACUGUAGUUUUAUUCUAAGUUUCGUUUUUUUUUUAAAUGUACAUAAAAAAUGUAUAAUAUAUUUUCGCUUGUUCAGUUCAUUAUAUUAAUUUGUCAUUUUCUAAAAUAUAUUUUUAAAAUUUUGCGAAGAUAUUGCUUGAUUUUUUGUGUGUGUUAGUAUUUUUUGACUAUCAGUAAUUUGUGGGUAUAUGUGAUAUAGUUUAAAUUAUGUAAAUAUUUGUUUAAUCUGAAUUUUCUUUUGUCUGCCAAUUUUGUAGAAACUAGAUUUCUCACAAAUCUGUUACCCAGAUUUUAUACUACAACUGACAUAUAUAACAACAUCAUAGUAUUGAUAAUGAAAUUAAAUUCAGAUGAUCUAAAUUACCAGGCCGAUACUUGUUAAAGAGUAAAAAAACCAGCUUACAGCUUUGAAAGGUAUGGUUUAAAUAUUGUGUCUAGUCAAGUUUUAUUUAAUUUAAAUACAUUAUUUACUCUGCGGCAAGUUAGGUAUAUCUUGUAAGCACAGGACAGAGAGAUUGCGAUUUGUCAAGUGAUUUUCUCACAUAUCAGUGGAAGGGGGGUGUUGUUUAUUGUUAGAACAUCACAUAAUAAAAUUGCAUUCAGAAAAAACACUUGACGAUUUUGAAGCAAUAGNCCCCCCC